UUGUAGAGGCAUUUUCUGGCGCUCCACCUGUGGUCACACUGAACACGAGUUUCAAUUUAUUCUGGAAAUGGAGAUUGACUUGGGAUUUGCGGAGAAAAGCGACGAUGGCGCCUGGCUGAGCAACCGCUACUUCCCCAGCAAGCUGGGCGGCCAGCCCGCCUGGCUGGAACUGGAAGCCCUGCCGCCCACGUCGCAGCUGCAGUGCAGCAAGUGCCAGGGGCCCAAAUCCUUCCUGGCUCAGCUCUACGCUCCCUUCGACGACGAGUUCAACUUUCACCGGUCCAUCUAUGUGUUCCUGUGCCGGAAUCCCGACUGCCAGGAGGCUCAAAGUGCAGGCAAUUUCACAGUACUGAGGUCGCAGUUGCCUCGGAAGAACAAGUUCUUUUCGGAGGAAGAGCCGAGCGACGUGGGAGAACCCCUGCCCGCCGUUCCCUGCCCGAAGAAGCUGUGCGCCGCCUGUGGUUGCCAUGCUCCCCACGUCUGCAGUAAAUGCAAGGCCAUCCACUACUGCUCAUCGGAGCACCAGAGGGCCCACUGGCCGCAGCACAAGCCGAACUGCGGGGCACCAGGUGCAGCCAACGUGAAGCCCUUGACACAAAUCGUGUUCCCAGAAUUUGAGAUUGUAAUGGACAGCAAUCCCGUGGAAUCUGGCGAAGACGACAAGAACGACGAGGCACGUUUGGCGGAGUUCCAGGAGCUGGAGGCCAGUGGAAAGACGGGCGACCUGAGCAAUGUUUCCGAGGCGGAGAUGGACAAGUACUUUGGAAACUCCGCGGCCGCCGAUGACAAGACCUUCAGACAGUUUAAAAAGCAAACGGCAGCCGAACCCGAUCAGAUUGUGCGCUACAAACGUGGAGGUCAGCCACUCUGGAUCACCAAUACAGCCAAAACGGUGGAGGACCAACUAAAGAAGCUGCCCAACUGCACCACUUGCGGAGGAAGCCGUCAGUUCGAGUUCCAGAUCAUGCCGCAAGCACUGACUCUUUUAGAGGACGAAAACCUCGACUGGGGCGUCCUGGCCGUCUACACUUGCGCCAAGAGCUGCCCCAUCGAUGGCUACGUGGAGGAGCUUCUUAUCAAGCAGGACAUUGUGGAGGAGGAACAGAGUUGACAUUAAAAUGCGUACAUUUAAA